CCCACUUCAAACAAGAAAGCCAUUGCAUUUUGCUGAAUGUCAUCAAUGGCAUGCUUAAACAUGCAGCAGAUAAACAAUGAAAAACAAGGAGGCUACAUGGGCCCAAGAAUCUCCUUCUCAAACGAUUUCGUUGAAUCAAACCACCAUGAAAACAGUUACACAGAAGCUCCGGUCUCUUCUGAUUUCGAGUUUUCCGUUCCCUCUUUCUCUUCAAACUCUGCAGAUGAGGUUUUCUUUAAAGGCAAGCUUCCACCCUUGAAGGAGAAGCAGGGGCUAACACUCAGAGAUGAGCUUCUUGCAGGUCAUGAUGAUGAUGAUGAUAAUGAUGGCGGUGAUGGCGUCUUCUUCCAUCAUAAAAGCUCAACAGGAUGGUGGAGAGAGAAGUUUGGACUUCGAAAAACACAAAAUGGGAAAACUGAUCAUAAGAAUCUUGGAGGGUUAGAGACCAUUGAUGAAGCAAAGAUCAAGCCUACUUUUUACAGUCCAAAGUUCACAGGAAGCAAUCGAUACAAGUGAAUUAACCAAGGAGAAAUUAAGGAAUGAAGUAGGUUAUUACUGAGGGUGAAGUUUUUAUUUUAUUUCACUUUUAAUUUGGUUUUUUCCAAGCUAAUUAAUAUUUGGAGAAGUAUUAGGUUUAAGAUAUUGAUGUGUGUAGAGAAGUCAUUUAACUGUUUCUGUUUUCUGUACAAAUAUUUGCAGUUGAAGGAUUCCCAUCCCUUUUGAAUCUCGAUUUAUAAUAUUACCGGC